AUGAGCCUGUCGCGCAGCGCCGACUCGCCCGAGCCGUGCAGCGUGCCAGUCAUGCCCAGCUCGUUGGCGGCUCGUCUGGAGGCCGUCUCGCUGGACUGGGCCAAUCAGAACGGCCGCUUCGCUCCGCCGGACGACGGCUCGGCCGCCGCGGCUGUCGGUCAGGCGAGACGGGGCCACUCGGACCGACGGCCGUCGGCCCCGGCCGCCGACACGAUGUUCACCUCGGCCGCGGCGUCCGGCAAAACCGGGCAAAUCAUGCUGCCGGCCAAUCUGACCGGUCUUUGGUCGCUGGGCUGGAAGAAGUCCACCUCGUCCGGCCAGAAUGUCUCCUCGGUUGCUGGGGCCGCGGUGGCCAGACGCAAGUCGUCGCUGGUCAACGCGAUCACGGCGCGUGUUGGUCAGUCGGCGGCUUCUGCUGGCGGCGGGGGAGGACCGAUUAGAAAAGACAACCGGCCCACCAGCCUGAGCACCAGCAGUCUUUUGGACAUUGUGGAGGUGAGGGGCGCGGGAAUGGGCGACGUGUUGACGGGAGACUCACUGGCCGUCGGGUCGGGCGGGCAGAACACGCAUCCGCUGAAGAAGCGGUCGAAGAACCGACAACCCCUCAUCGGCCUGCUCGGCGCCGCUGUCUAUCGUGGCCCUGACGACGGCAGCUACUCGCUGCCCAACGACAUCUCUUCGAUGGCCAAGUCACGCUUCAGUCUGUUCAGUCGCAGGAACUCGGCCGUCACCCUCGCACAGACACCGCAAGUCCACCUUCUGCCGCAACCACUGCAGCCAAGCCCGGCGGUGGCCAAUCCCGCCUGGCAACCGGCUGGAACGGGCCCAGCCCAGUCUGGCGACUUAAUGUAUGUGUUGGCCGGGGGGGGGACUGGCUUUUUGCCACACUUGCAUUUGGUGUGUGUGUUUGUGUGUGUGUGUGUGUACUGCAGCCUUUCUUCGACUUCAAUCUUCCACCUUCAUGAAAUACACUCGCCCCAGUUUCGUCGGUCAUUGUUCGAUAGACGUCCGCAGAGCUGGAACUCAUUCCAGAAUAUGCUAUACACAGUGAACUGA